GAAAUAAAAAAUAGAAUAGAUCUAGUGAUUGUUUUUUUGUUGUUGUCUACUUUAAGCUAGCUUGGAACUGAAUGUGCACGUCAAUGCGCAAGUAAUGAACGCGAAUAAAGUACUUUGUUUAGCCAAAAAUAAUAAUGUGUUCUUUUACCUCUGUCUCUGAUGCAAGCAUUUUUGUUAUACGAAUAACAUUCUCGUAAGCGGAAUAUCCACCACCCGUUUCAGCAGAUGUAACUGAAUUGCUUGAUAAAGUUUGUAAUAUUACCAACAUUGAGAAAGAAUCACUGACCUCUGACAUGGCUGAGGCAGCUGAGACUUCUGCAAGCACUGCCCACGAGGAUAUGGAAAAGGAGGAGGAUGGCGAAGAAGAAAACAGAGAUGGCCAUUCGAACGUUUCAUCGGGCGAAAAGGAGGGUGAGGAAGGAACUGAGGAAGAGGAGGACGAGAAGAAAGACGACGAGGAGGGAGAUGAUGGAUCAGAGGGAGAGGACGGGGCAGAAUCUCUUAAAGAGGAACUAAACAAGAUCCAGGUGGAAAGCCCGAAACCCACCGAACCGGUGUUCGAUCCCUCCAAGUUCCCACCAUCGUACAAAGACAACAACCCCAAAGAGCAGAAAGCUAUACGCCUCUGCAAGAUGGCUAUAAAGCAGUUCAGGGAUCUGUACUUUGACAGACGACCGCUGUUCCUCAAACCGCUCAAUGAGUUUGGUGUUCAGCUGAAAGAGGCACCUCCCCCGGAUCCGCUGAAGGGCUGGCGGGUCCACUCCUGGGUCAUGGUCCUCAAAGGCCUGCGUGACGUCACAGAGACGUUCUUCAUCGAGCCCACCACAGGAGUGUCGCAUCCCACCGACUGGGGCCAGUACCUGGGCAUUGAGUCCAUCUGGAACCACCUCAACUACUACAUCAACUGUCAUCGGGAGGCCGUGAAUACAAAAGUGCCAGUGACCAAGCUGACAGUUCCUGCCCCUAUGUUGCUCCCUGUCGGUAAGAUGAAUUUUGACAUCGGGGACAGCUGUUACUGGGACUUCUUAUUUAACUGGCAAAAUUUGCACCGCAAGAAAACGGACGAAGAACUCAGAGAAGAACAAAGAAAGGGCGACAACUGCACUGAGGAAACGUUCUUUGACUUGCCUCUUAGCUGGACCCAGCCCCUUUACGUUCACCGAGACGAUUACGACAUGAAAUUUCCCACUGGCAAAAAGACAAUCAAAUACAAAGGAGCUGUUGUCGAGAGCUACGCUUAUGGUCUCAACCCUGAUGGAAUGGUUCGCAAGCUCUGGGUGUACCAUGAUGUCGAAGUUCACGACUAUUACGCGCAGACUCCUGGUCCUCAGUCAAAGCGCACCUUAGUCUUCGAGAAAGGCGGGCGAAGAGACGGGCUGCAAAGGAAGGAGGAGGGUCCCGACUUUAUGAAGCUGUUUUACGGCGAGUUCAGAGAAGAUAAGAAGUACUAUAAGGAAGUCCGCUUCGGCCCACUAGGGAAAGUUCGAGAAAGCUCCGCAUCCAAAGAUGCGAGACCAAUUGAGGUCAUUGAAGAGUGCUUCCGGCGGAACCCGGAAGUACCGGCCAACGAGAAUAUUGCCCGGGCGCGCUUUAGCGUUUUGUCCGACGAGAUGGACGUUGAGUACCACGUGGAGAAAGAUCGUAUCAGUUUCAGCACACGGCACUUCACGAAACCGCCUCUCUGGUGGGAUGAAACGCAAGUCUUGACAUGGUCACCUUUUCUACAUUGGAACUACGAGGUUUAAAGAGUACGCCCCAAUGAAGUAUCAAGCUCUCUGUGAUACGCUGGCUAGAGAUCCUCGUCUAGAGCCGUACUUAAUCUAAUGAGAGAGGAGAGAGAGAGCGAAAGAGGGAGAGAGAGAGAGAGAGA